CCUCCCAGCUCCAUAGAUUACACAGAGAGAUGCUUUACUGCUCCAUGCACUGACUUUUGGGACAUUUCCGCACUUCCUGCUGCCAUCCAAGUCUUCACUUUUAACAAAGAGAGCUUGCACUAUGUACUAAAACACUGGUAUUCUUUAUAGAAUACUUACUGAAGAAAGUCUUCAGUACUUUAAAAGACAAUUUUCAUGCCAUCCUAUCUUGUGAAAAACAUACUGUUAACUAAUAACUAAAAAUCAGAGUAUAGGACUGGAAAAUACUCAGUUUAUCUAAAGGUUGUUCAGAACUUGUAUUUCUGAGUAUGGAAUGAGAGAUGUUUUAUUGUCCUGAUUAACAGGUGGUUUUGAUUGGACAUCCAUGAAACUUCUUAAUUCCUAAACAAGUGGCAUUUAAUUGAACAGUGUGUAAGAUAUACUCUGAAAAAAAAGGCUGUUUCAGAAGCUGUCUUUAUAGCUUUUAUUACUGGAUAUCAUCAGACUUUGGGUGCUGUUCUCAGCAGUUACUACUGUUUUUGCCUAUAAAGCGUUUCCAUUUGUGUAGGCAGGAAAGUACACUUCUGGUGUUUUAUAUGACAUGAACACUUGUCUAGGAAUAAUUCAAGGGUUGUAUUAAUAUUUUUAAAGAAAUGUGUAGAUUACAAAUACAGCAAGUCAUGUACUUGUAAUUAAUAUCUGCUCCGGAGAACAAUUCUUCUUAAAAUAAGUGUGGUAUAUGUUGGCUGAUAACCUGUUCAUGUGGUCUACAUUUAGAGACAUGUCAUGUAUGCUGUGAAAGCCUAGUAGUUUCUGAAUUACUUUUACUUAGCAAGGCAAAGUCAAACAGUCAGUAUGGGUUUUGCAGACCUCUUGGAAAAGGUGGGUAGCAUGGGACGCUUUCAGCAUUUGAAUAUUUCUAUGCUAGCAUUACCAGCUUUCAUGAUGGCAAGUCAUUUCCUUAUUCAGAAUUUCAGUGGAGCUGUACCACGUCACCACUGCCGGACCCUUUUUGACACUAAUGACUCCCACUACCAUAAUCUUAGUGAAAAUGUGAAGUCCCAGGAUUUAUUGAGGAUAUUUGUCCCAAUGGACAGCAAACAAAAGCCAGAGAGCUGUGUUCGAUUCUCAUCACCACAAUGGAAUCUCUUAAACUUCAACUAUACCCAAGCAAAUAUGACUGGACUGGAAACAGAGCCCUGCAGAGAUGGAUGGAUAUAUGAUCAGACAGAGUUCAGUUCCACAAUCAUUUCUGAGUGGGAUCUGGUAUGCAGUUACAAGUCCCUGAAGCAAUUCGCACAGUCGAUAUUCAUGGGUGGAAUAUUAACUGGAGGGAUCAUAUUUGGAGGUCUCGCUGACAGAUUUGGUCGGAAAUCAAUCCUAGUAUGGUCUUACCUCCAGAUGGCUAUUUGCGGGACCUGCACUGCCUUCGCUCCCAGUUUUACUGUCUACUGCAUUUUCCGAUUUUUUUGUGGAAUGGCUGCUUCAGGAAUCAUUUUCAACUGUAUUUCAUUAAAUAUGGAAUGGAUUCCAACUAGAUCACGGACCUUUGUGGGGACAUUAAAUGGACAUUUCUAUACAUGUGGACAGUUGAUUCUGGCAGGCCUUGCAUAUGGAAUUCGAAACUGGCACUGGCUUCAGAUUACAGUUUCAGCACCUUUUUUUGUCUACUUUCUCUAUUCCUGGUGGCUUCCUGAAUCAGCCCGUUGGCUUGUUUUAAAUAAUAAAUCAGAAGUGGCUGUAAAACAUCUGAAAAGGGUGGCGGCAUUUAAUGGAAAGAAGGAAGAAGGUGAUAAGAUCACCCCAGAGCUCUUGGAAUCAGAAAUGCAGAGAGAGAUUUUGGCUGCAAAAUCAACAUUGCCUGUCAUCAGUCUGUUCCAUACACCUGCUAUGCGCCACAUUUCCAUCUGUCUUGCAUUUGCAUGGUUUUCCACAAGUUUUGCAUACUAUGGGUUGGCAAUGGAUCUGCAGAAUUUUGGAGUCAGUAUAUAUCUAAUCCAGGUGAUAUUUGGAGCUAUUGAUUUUCCAGCCAAAUGUGCCUGUGUCCUUUUCAUGAACUACAUUGGUCGUCGAUCUACCCUGGUUGGUUUCCUCAUCGUCUCUGGCCUUAUGGUACUAUCAAAUGUAUUUGUACCAAAAGAUAUGACAGUUUUGCGCACUGCAUUCGCUGUGCUUGGGAAAGGAGGACUUGCGGGUACAUUUACGUGUGUCUACCUCUUUACCAUAGAACUUUAUCCAACAGUGGUCAGGCAGACAGGAAUGGGGUUUACCAAUAUCAUGGCACGUAUUGGGGCCAUGAUCGCACCUAUGGUACAGAUGACAGCUGAUUAUUUUCAGUUCCUCCCACUGGUAAUUUAUGGGAUGGCCCCAGUAUUGUCUGGAAUUAUAGCGUACUUCCUACCAGAAACCCUGAAUAUGCCACUAGCAGAUACUGUAGACGAAGUGGAGAACAGCCGCAUUGUCAUUGCCUGGGAGCAAUGCAAUUCCAGAAAGAGUUUUCUCAUUGAUGAAUGCCAAGUGGAGUUUGGAAUGAAACAGAACCACAGUUGCUUUGGUGAAAGGCGAACUGCAGGUUGUCCUGAAUUACAGCAUGACCUGUAG